CCCCAGCCUCUCCGUGUCUCGACUUUAAAAUUAGACGACUUUGUAAUUAAUACCCCGGCUGGAACAUCCUUUACGACUCUCUAAUCGUCAUGAAAAUCUCCAAAAAGAUUCAGCAAGCUGAGAAGGAGGGGCGUGUGUGGUGGUCCUUUGAGUACUUCCCACCACGUACUGCUCAGGGUCUGCAAAACCUCUUGGACCGUAUCGAGCGCAUGCGUGCGUUGGGUCCCGAAUUUGUAGACAUCACAUGGAAUGCCGGCGGUCGUACUUCAGACUUGACUUCCGAAUUGGUGAAGACAUGCCAGGGUUUGAUAGGCACGGAGACAUGCAUGCAUCUCACUUGCACCAACAUGCCGACGGAGAAGAUCGACGUUGCGCUUCGCGAAGCCAAGUCCCACGGCUGCAGGAACAUCUUGGCAUUGCGUGGGGACCCGCCAAUGGGCAAGGACGAGUGGGAAGCUGUAGAAGGUGGAUUCGUUCACGGCAUCGAUCUCGUCCAGCACAUUCGUAAAGAAUACGGCGAUUAUUUCGACAUUGCUGUUGCAGGCUUCCCCCAGCAUGUGACGUUGCCGCCCGAGGAACGCGACCAGGAGAUUCAGUGGCUAAAGGAGAAGGUUGACGCCGGUGCCGACUUCAUCUUCACGCAGAUGUUCUAUGACGUCGAGAUAUUCAUCGAGUGGGUGAAACAGGUGCGUGCGGCGGGUAUAACAAUUCCCAUCGUCCCCGGCAUCGCACCCAUACAAACAUGGAACGGCUUCAUUAAAUCGACUACCCUUUCCGGGACGACUAUCCCACAACUCGUAAGGGACCAGCUCGAGCCUUUCAAGAACAAUGACGAGAAGGUCCGUGAGAUCGGCAUCAAACUUGUUGCAGAUAUGUGCCGUCGCAUCCUCGCUGAGCCCCUCGGCGUUCGUGGUCUGCACUUCUACACGAUGAACCUCGAGAAGGGAACUCGCAUGCUGCUCGAAGAGCUCAAGCUCGUACCCCGCGUCGAAGUCGUUAAGCCUCUGCCCUGGCGACAGUCGCUCACCCCCAACCGCCGCACUGAGACAAUCCGCCCCAUCUUUUGGGCGAACCGUACCAAGUCGUACCUUUCCCGCACCGAGAACUGGGACGAAUACCCCAACGGCCGGUUUGGAGACUCGCGUUCUCCCGCGUACGGCGAGCUCGACGGCUACGGCAUCUGGAUCAAGCAGUCGAGGGAAGAGGCGCUCAAACUCUGGGACCAUCCCGCCACCAUCGAGGACAUUUCGAAUCUGUUUGCGAAAUUUUGUUUGGGAAAGCUCCCUGCGCUCCCGUGGUCGGAUUCGUCGCCGUCUCCUGAAACGUCGGUCAUCUCCGGACAGCUCGCUAAACUGAACGAGCUGGGUUUCAUGACGAUCAACUCGCAGCCCGCCGUAGAUGGCGUGCGGAGCGAUGACAAGGUUCACGGUUGGGGCCCCUCUAACGGCUAUGUUUACCAGAAGGCGUACCUCGAAUUCUUCGUCUCGCCGGAGCUUCUAGAGUGUCUCAUCCCUCACAUUGAGCGCGAUCAUAUGAUCACGUACUAUGUCAUUAACAGGCGCGGCGACCUGCGGACGAACAGCCACUCCGACGGCCCCAACGCUGUUACCUGGGGUGUCUUCCCUGGUAAGGAGAUCAUCCAGCCGACCAUCGUGGAAGCUAUCAGCUUCAUGGCAUGGAAGGAUGAAGCUUAUGAGCUCGGCCGACAGUGGGCUAAGUACUAUGAGCCCGAUUCGCCCCCACGCCAGCUGAUCACGAAGAUCAUGGACACGUAUUUCCUCGUCAACGUCGUACACAACGACUUCAAGCAGCCGAGCGCCAUCUUCGAGCCUUUCAUCAAGGCCGGCGCCGACUUCAUUGCCAAGCACGGCAAAUCACCUGUCCUCAACGGACACACCAACGGAUACGCCACCGGGCACGUGAACGGGCAUGCAAAUGGUCAUGCCAAUGGAAACGCUCAUUGAUCCCCUCAUCUGGAUAUGUCUCUACUCUACUGACCAUUUUUUCUUGUCUCAACACACUCUCGGCUUUGCGGUCGGGUUGCUCUAUUUUUUUCCAAGCAUCACCCACCGGGUUCAACCCCCGAUACGUUUCUUCACUGGGUUUUGAACUUAGCAAUUGUUUCUGCUUCAUGUCGCGCAUAUUCAUCUCUACACUGUACUUAUCCAUACACACCAUAUUCUCGCUUCCCCUGCAUCAACUGCAUAGUAUCCCCACGGUGACUCCCACAUUGUUGCAUCCAACUGCAUGUAUCAGCUACUCCAGUCUUAUAGUCACCCGUACCAGUCAUCCUUUCCUCUUCCUCCCGGUGACUGCCACGUCUCGGUCCUGUGCUCAUCGACCGAAUGAUCCCC